ACAUCUAGUCUAGUAUUUCCAAUUCCCACGAGAGGUACGUUGGAGAGAAAAAUAAAGGGAGGAGCAAGCACCCGGGAUAAUGACGUCACAUUGGAAUGAGGGAGUGAGUGAGUGUUCCGGGUCAGAAACUGGAAUGAGAGGAAAUUAACCCAAGGAAAAAAAUAAAAAAAAUAGUGAAUCAAAACCAACACAGAGAUGUGACCCUUAGAGUGGAUAUACUAUUUACAUUACAAAGGGAAAGCGCCGGGAUAGCGACCGAGAGAAAGAGCUGGGGUUUCAUUCGCCGUUAGUACUCUGUUUACUGCCUGUAAGUAGUUAUUCCCCUACGACGAGGUUUUAUUUUUGUGCUGCUUCUGCUGAACUUGUUGAACUGAAGCCACUACUCGAGGAGAAUCGGUGAAGUAAACUUCAGCGCUCCGUUCGGGUUGAAUGGUUUCUCAACUGGAACUGGAAGCAUUUGAAUUUUUGUUCUUUCAUUCGGGCUUUUCCUGUUUGGAAUUUGGAUCUUCCCCGUGAUGUUCCAUUGCAUUCCCCUGUGGCGGUGCAACCGUCACGUCGAAUCGAUCGAUAAGAGGCAUUGUUCGCUGCUGUCUGUACCCGAUGAAAUCUACCGAUACAGCCGCAGCUUGGAAGAGCUAUUGCUGGACGCAAAUCAGCUGCGGGACCUGCCCAAGCCAUUUUUCCAACUAAUAAAGUUACGCAAACUUGGACUAAGUGACAAUGAAAUCCAGCGACUCCCUCCAGAAAUAGCCAACUUUAUGCAGCUAGUUGAACUUGAUGUAUCUAGGAAUGAUAUUAUGGAUAUUCCAGAAAGCAUUUCAUACUGUAAAGCUCUUCAAGUAGCAGAUUUUAGCGGUAACCCCAUAACAAGGUUGCCUGAAAGUUUCCCAGAAUUACGGAAUUUAACAUGUCUCUCCAUCAAUGACAUUUCAUUGCAGACUCUUCCAGAAAACAUUGGAAACCUUCAUAAUUUAAUCUCCCUGGAAUUAAGGGAGAACCUGCUGACGCAUUUACCAGUGUCACUGGCCCAACUUCACAAACUAGAAGAACUUGAUCUAGGAAACAAUGAGCUUUACCACUUGCCAGAAACAAUUGGAUCACUUUUAAACCUGAAGGAUCUCUGGCUGGAUGGAAACCAAUUAGCAGAUUUGCCUAUGGAGAUUGGAAGUAUGAAGAACCUGCUGUGUUUGGAUGUGUCUGAGAAUAAACUGGAAAGGUUACCCGAACAGAUCAGUGGGCUCUGCUCCCUGACUGACCUUUUUGUAUCCCAGAAUCUAUUAGAGGUUUUACCAGAUGGUAUUGGAAAAGUAAAACAGCUCUCAAUCCUGAAGGCUGAUCAGAACCGGCUAACACACUUGCCUGAAAGUAUUGGAGAGUGUGUGAACCUCACUGAGCUUGUACUCACUGAAAACCAGCUGCUUAGUUUGCCGAGAAGUAUCGGGAAACUUUGGAAAAUGUCAAAUUUCAAUUGUGACCGAAAUAGAUUAAUGACUUUACCAAAAGAGAUUGGUGGCUGCUCUAGUCUUAAUGUCUUCUGUGUACGAGAAAACCGCUUAACUCGAAUUCCUGCUGAGAUUUCCCAGGCCACUGAAUUGCAUGUACUUGAUGUUGCUGGGAACAGGUUGACGUAUUUGCCAAUGUCCCUUACAACUCUGAAACUGAAGGCUCUUUGGCUGUCUGAAAACCAAUCCCAGCCGCUGCUUACGUUCCAGACGGACGUGGAUACUGAAACAGGGGAAAAGGUUCUGACCUGUGUGUUGCUUCCUCAGGUGCCUUCUGAACCAGACAGCCAAGAUAACUUGGCUCGCUAUGGCGCAUUUGAAAGCUUGGUUCACGAGACGUCGGAUGAGGCGUGGAACGAUCGGGCAGUGAACAGGAUCAGUGCCAUUCGCUUCCAGGAGGAUGAGAAGGAUGACGAGGAUGAUGAAGAGGGAACCCUUUUGAGGAGAGCCACGCCGCACCCUGGGGAGCUGAAGACCAUGAAGAAGACCAUGGAGAAUUUACGGAAUGAUAUGAAGGCAGCUAAAGGGCUGGAUUCCAACAAAAACGAGGUCAAUAAUGCUAGUGACAGAGUGACCACUUCUGUGUAAAGCUUUACCUCCGAAACAUUUACCUCCUGUGUCUCCCCUGACUGUUAUCACCUUCACCUGGGAUCCUGCCCUGACCUUUCUUCUCCAGUACCUAAUUUCAUCUCCUAAUAAUAAGAUGGUAUCUGGCGCUGCUAGCUGGGAGAAUGUGCCUUGUUUUCAACCAGUCUUUGCAGCAUUACUCUGCACAAAUAUUUUGGAGCAUUUUAAACAGUGCUUUUUAUCUAUUUGUAAAAGAAGAAAAAAUAGGUAGAUGUUACUGUAUACGAUUUGAAUAUCAUAGCUACAUAUAGUUAUGAUGAUUAUUUUUAUUUUAUUUUUUACACGGUGAAUAUGAUUAUUUGGGAUAUAUUAUGCCCAGGUAUUUUUGGACCUACUGAUAAAUUGUAUAGUUUGAUGUGAAAAAUGAUUUUUUUUAUACAUUUUUGGCAGCUCAGAUGGUGUAAAUCUUUAUUUUGUAUAGAAAGUUUAAUAGAUGACGAUUUUUAAAUCUUUAUCUUGAAACGUGGUACGUGUUUAUUGUAAUUUUGUAGAAAAAAGCCUAGGUUUCCUUUGACUAAUAAUUGUCUUGACUUUUUUUUUGCAUAAUGGUCUUUCACAUGCCACUGCUUGGUGAGGUCAGGAAGUUUUAGUCUCUAGCAUAACAUCUGCAUUUUUAAACCCAGCAUGGACACUGACAAUUAAAACUGCAUUAUGGACUAACCAUUUUUAACUUUUUAUUCUGACCAUUUAAACAAAAAAAAAAACUGAUUAUUGAAUAAUAAAAAAUGCAGUUGCCAUAGAAAUGUAAUAAAUGCCUGCACUUCAUUGAUCUCUUUAAAAAUCAUGCAUUUUCAAAACUGAUAUGCCAAAAUAAUGUUUGUAUGGUACACUACGUUUUAUUUUAUUUUACUGCUUUUAAAUGUAUGCAAAAGAGAAAGCCAUAGAAACUGUGGUUCAAAUGUUGAUUUUAUAAUGUACAAUGAUCACAAAACUGCACACAAUUCCUAUUAUCUCAAAUAGGGAAAGGCUUUGUGCCUUUUUUUUUGCUGAUUAUAUAACCACUGAUACAAUACAAUAAAAUCAAAUGAAAACCAUAA